UCCUUCUCCUGUAAAGCUACCAUUUUGGAGAUUACAAGGUUUUCUUCAGACUACAUUUGCCUUGAAUUCAGGGUAUGAGUUUUGUUGUUUAUAAAUCUGUAGCUUUUGUGGUCAUUUAAGGAUUUUAGGAUCUUCUACAUGAUCUGAUCUGUUCAUUACUCUGGACGCCUAUACUAUAUAUAUUGUUUACAGCUUCAUAAUGUCUACUAAUGAUUUGAAAGUUGUGAAGCCACACAGUUGAGUCUGCUGAGCCUGUAGCUCUUCUUGCUGUCUUAUAAACAUCCUGCUGUAGUGUCUAAUCCAUAUGACUUCAAAAUGUGGAGCUCACACAUUCAGAAAAAUCGACUACUCUGUGUUUUCCUCCUCAGAUGAAUCAACUGUUUGGUUGGCACUGUGUGAAUAAGGGUUCAGGUAUUCCUGGAACUGUUAAAGUGCUCCCUCGAGGUGCCAUAAAUGAACUCACUGAACCGGCUGGUGUUGUCAGACAACUUGUUUGGCCAGUGGGGGCUGCAGUCAUAUGUGGGGCAUGGAGCCCACCCUUUGAAAUAAGAUUAUGUAACAAUGUUAUCCAACUUGUGAAUGGGACUUAAUAAAGCAAAGCAAAGCCAGCGAUGAAAGCUCCUCUCAGGCCGAAUGUAGGACACAGUUGGAUGGACGCGGCCUCUAAAUUUCAAAAGAAAACUUUUUUGCUUGCUUACUCACUGAAUGGAAUGGAAGGGGUGGUCUGUUAGAAACAGCCCUGCUUUGGGAUCUAAUGUGGAGCGGAAGUUUUACUGAUGAAUCAUCUCCACUUUAGUUCUUUUGCUGUGUUUAUAUUAACCACUGGAGUGAUCGCCUACAUCUGCUCCUCAGGCUCCGCCCCCAGCCCUGAGUCCAGUCUGAGUGACAGCUCCAGCAGCAACUCGCCGUCAGCGUCUCCGCCCCCGUCCGCCGUCCAGGGCCGCAAGGUGGAGCUGACCGCCGCCGGCCCUCUCACCGUGCCAAAACACGCCCAUUCCCGCCUGAAUAGGAACACUCCGUCCUCUGCCAAGAGUGGCAUCACGAAGCUGAAUGGGAUGGUGCUGCUGUGUAAAGUGUGUGGAGACGUGGCCUCAGGCUUUCAUUACGGCGUACAUGCUUGUGAAGGGUGCAAGGGCUUUUUCCGAAGAAGUAUCCAGCAGAAUAUCCAGUAUAAGAAGUGCAUGAAGAUGGAGAACUGCACCAUUGUGCGCAUAAACCGGAACCGCUGCCAGCAGUGCCGAUUCAAGAAGUGCUUAUCGGUGGGGAUGUCCCGAGACGCCGUGCGGUUUGGCCGCAUCCCGAAACGGGAGAAGCAGCGGAUGCUGCUGGAGAUGCAGAACGCUAUGAACAACAUGAUGAACGGCGGCCAGCUGCACCACAUGCUUCAGGACUGCAGCUCUUCCUCUUCCUCAUCUUCCUCCUCGCCACCCUCAUCGCCACAGUGCCCCCAGGACUCUGAGUCGGUGAUUGCCAUGGAGACGUCCAUGAGCUCAGCCUCGUCCUGUUCGUCAGACAGCGGGGAGGAGGAUGCGCUGGUCUCGGGGCCAGCAGGGGGAGCCCUCUCGCCUCCCGUGGGUGAGAGGCUGAGUGAAAACAGCACAGACGGACAGCGACAGUGGAACAGCGACAGUAACAUAACCGACAACCGCGAGUCUCCCUGUGAGAACAGCCAGCAAAUCACCACUGGGUACCAUGCAGCUCAGCAGUGCAGCAGCACCCCUAGUGGUGCCCACAUGGUCAACGCCACUUACUGCCACUACAGCAGGCAUAAUAUGAACGAGCUUGCUGGAAGAGGGGGGAACCGAGGACAUCUGGUGUGUCCAAUGAACACUUCUCCCUUAGUGGACCCUUCGAAGCCCAGUCAUGAAAUCUGGGAGGAGUUCUCUCUGAGUUUCACCCCUGCAGUGAGAGAAGUAGUGGAGUUCGCUCGGCAGAUUCCAGGCUUCCAGGAACUUUCCCAGCACGACCAGGUCAGCCUGCUGAAGGCAGGAACAUUCGAGGUGCUGAUGGUCCGUUUCGCCUCCCUGUUCAACGUGAAGGAGCGUACGGUGACGUUCCUGAGUGGGCGGAGGUACAGUGUGGAGAUGCUGCGCGCGAUGGGAGCCGGAGAGCUGCUCACCUCCAUGUUCGACUUCAGCGAGAAGCUCAUGGCCCUCCAGCUCAGCCCGGAGGAGACCAGCCUCUUCACAGCUGUGGUGCUCGUGUCUGCCGACCGGACGGGUAUCGAGGACGUGAGCUCUGUGGAGGCCCUGCAGGAGAAUCUGAUCAGGGCCUUGAGGAACCUCAUCAUGAGGAACCACUCGAACGAGUCGGCCAUCUUCACCAAGCUGCUCCUGAAGCUUCCUGAGCUGCGCUCCCUCAACAACAUGCACUCCGAGGAGCUCCUAGCCUUCAAGGUCCACCCGUAACCCGGGACCAACCUCCUCUCCCUCCUCCCUCGGACCAAAUCCGGGUUUUACAUUUCUGUCCUGAAUGUAUUUAUCACAAGCUUUCUAGGGUUCCAAGCACCAAAGGUGCUAAACUUUUUUUUAUUUUAAAGGCUUUAGGAACAGUGUUGGAAAAUGCUGUAUUUUUGUGUGUGUACAAAUAUAUAAUAUAUAAUAUAUAAUAUAUAAAGUUUGUUUGAAUCAUUGCACUUAUUUGGGUUAGCGGUAUUGGCGAUGUACAUGGUAAAGAUGUGUCACUGUUAAAAGGACGUUAAGACACUGAACUCAAUCAAGACGGUGCAGAACCACUGCUGUUAUCUUACCAAGUGUAUUGACUCGCGAGCAUAUUGGCAAUGGCCAAAGCUGUUAUGCUUGCUUUUAUGCACUACUCGUUACGCUAAUGAGGAAGAGACAAAACAGUAUCAAAGUUUUUUUGAAAUGUGCAAUAGGUGCUAAUGCAUGGUUAUGUGUAGUAGAGUAGCUCGAUGUGGUCGAUCUUGUCCGGAAUAGCGAGUUCCUGUUUGCUUGUUUGUUUGUUUUCUUCGCAUCCUUUAGAAUACCACACCUUCAAAUGUCGUGUUUUUUGUGUAUACUGUGUUUUCUUUUUUUAUUACUGUAUUCAUGAAUGUAUGACAGCUAGCAGCCACGAUUGUACAUUUGCAUUGCUUUGGCUUUGUAUUUUGGAUGCGCUGCUUUUUGCACAUGGUAACGUGGAACAGGACGGAAGCACAACUUUACAGUAAGACAUAUCCUAAAAGUCUAUGCAUAACUCUGACACCACAGCGGUAUGACGCAGACUUAUGCGCGUUGGUCUGUUGAACGGAGUCACGGUGACUGAAAAAAGCAUGGAUUCAGUAGUUGGUGCAACGUUGCUAUGCUUCCUGACCGGCGUCUGUCUUCUAUCACCGGAAGUUUGUCAUACCAAGCGUGAACAUGCAUUAUGCAAAGACAAGGAAUUAUAUUUAUAACUCUACUGGAAGCAAAGGAAGACUCAUACGGAUGGCCUUACGACCGUAUCUGUCACUGGGGACAUGUUAUUGAGACUUUUUUAUGAUUAUGUUUAGUCAGAACAUUGAGAGAGGGGGUUUUCCAGAGACUCUUUGACUCCGACUCCUCCGCUCUUCAUCAUUCUAUGCAUAAGGAAGCAGCUCGACGGUGUGGAACUUUCCACACUUAUACCAUAGUUACAGAUGUAAUGUCAUAUUCCGUAUUUGUCCACAUCUGGUUUGUUGUGUACAUCUAUUUCGGAUAUCUAUGUAUAGUAUAUGAAUAAAUAUCUAUUAGUCAAAUGUU